CCAUGAAUUCAAUUUACCGACCAUUUUGAAACUUCAAUUCCCGACCAUUUUGAGACAAAAAAGGCGUAUCACACUCCCUGCACCCCUCUCCUGCUCGGUACACCCCUGCAAUUGGCACCAGAAGUGUCUCGAAUAUAUUUUUGAUUUUCCGGCAAUAAAGAAAUAAGCCUCAUUAUAAGAAUCAUUAAGGUUUUCACAUUUCAAUUUUCAAAGUCACUGUCAGAAAAGUUCUUUGUUAUGCGGAGUAAUUAUGUCAUACUGAAAAUCGAAUUAUACACUGUAACCCCACCUAAAUAUUAUGGCGUCUUAUGAUUGUCUAUUUCCAACGAUUGUAUUUUUUGUUAUACUUUCUAAAUGUUAUACUUUCUAUAUUUGUUGGCACUGUAAAUCGUAUAGUGAACAAUUUUGCCCUAUAUAAGAAGUCGGUUUCUUGGGAAUUCUUUAGUUCCGCGCCUCAUAGCAAUGCCUCUGCAUAUAUAUAGGCAUGCAUAUAAUUGUUAUAUGCCCGAAGCUUCUUUUAAGACUUUAUCGAAAACAAUUUGUGGCAUGCAUUCAUAUAUUAAGUUGGUGGAUAGAUACAUAGAUAGAAAGAUGGAUAAAAAGAAUGAUAUAGGUAGUCUCACAAUUUUUAUCUAGGAUAUUAUUGAUACUGGAAAGACGAUGGAAAAGAUGCUUCAAAUUGUUUCACAAUUUAAACCGGCUCAGGUUAAAGUCGUCAGUUUGUUGGUAAAAAGAACACCUAUGAAAAAAUCGAAUUACAGACCUGAUUAUAUUGGUUUUGAAAUCCCAAAUCAUUUUGUAGUUGGUUAUGCCAUAGAUUACAAUGAAUAUUUCAGAGAUUUAAGUGUAGCAUAUCUGCGUUAUCAAUGGAAAAGGAAUAAAGAAAUAUGAGAAAUAGAUCGGGCUAAAGAAAUGAAGAAAUCAUCGACGAAACGACUACUAUUUAUGAUUUUUACAAACGGCAUCUAUACAAUCGGCAAUUCCAAACAUAUCCGGGAGUAAUCCCGAAAAUAUGAAAUCGUUCUAUUUUAAAUGCAUUAAGAUAUUAAAUUAAUACAUAUAUUUGUGAUGAAAAUUUCUACUUAUGAUGGUGACUCACCAUUUCUACUGACGAUGGUGUACAGCAAAGAUAAAUGGGGACGAGUAUUGAAUCUUUUUUCCUGAGUGACUCCAACGAUUGUUUGCAGACCCGUUAGAAGGGCCAAAAACAUUGGGAGGGUGCUGCGAGAUGUGACCAGGUCAGCAAUGGAGAACUCUGGCUGUCAUCUGUCAAAAUUCAUAUUCAUUCAUAUAUAUUCAUUCGCUGAGCCAGCGACACGGUCUUUUAGGGUUAGCGUAGCCAAAUAGUAUAGUAAUUAUUGGGUUAGCGUAGCCCAAAUAGGGUUACAAGCAAAUAAUCAAAUUAAUGGCGAAGAAAAUAAUGAAACUAUCCUCGCUUUGAGAAUAUUGAGUAAUAAAUAAUAAGGAUUGUCGCAGGACGAGAUGUUGAAGCAUUCUCGCAGGAUGAUCUGUUCAAAGAUCGUCGCAGGAUGAGAUUUAGAAGUAUCCUCGCAGGUGUAUUAGUCGCAGUGUGGCAUGAGGAACA